ACAGCUGAUUUCAUAUUGGUUUCAAAGGACACAGAAAUAGGCCGGAUUGAAAAACAGCCAAUUUCAUAUUGGUUUCGAAGGACAUGGAGUUCACUGUUUUGGAGAAAAUUAGGAGUUGAUAUUGCAGGCACCAGUUCAUAUUCUACGGGAUUAAAAUCAGCUCGAUUGAGAAUUGGUUCUCUCUGGAUCAGCUCUCAGUUAAAAUGUUGACCUUCCUGAACUAAAAUAUAGACUAGAGUUCUUUAUUCAUAAUUGGAUGGAUCCAUUGAUUCGCAUUCUGGAUUGCUAGUUUGGAUAAAGAGAGAUAACAGAAAAAGUUAUAGUUUUUCACUUACUGGAAUGAUGUCCUUCUAGGAUUUGCCGCCGAACUUUAAAAAAAUACAAACUUGUGAUUACCUUUCUGAUCUUGGUGACUUGUGACUCUGCCAUGACAUUCUAGGAUUUGCACCCAAGCUUUUCAUGAUCGCUAAUCUGUGAAAGCUUAUCUUUAAUUAGCCAAACAUUGUAAACUGAUGACAGGACAAACAUCAAAUUUGCACCCCACACCAAACUUUUGCAAACUUCUCCCGAUACCAUAUGAUAAUGGUAUAUGCCUAUAAUCAAACAAUAAAUAUUUAUAUAAAGUCCUGCCAAUAAAUUAAUCAUUAUGAGUGUGGGAGAGGAAAGCUUAGGAAGUGCUUCAAAAAGGAAGGUUCUCGCUGUCACAAGUUUUAUGAGCAAGGAGGCGCAAGCUAUGAGGAAAAAAGACGACAUGACGAUUCCCCUUACGGGAGAGGCCAACGGGACCGGGAAAGGAAAAAUAAUAAAGACUGAUUACCGCAGUAUCGGAUCCCCCAACUCAAGCGACGAGGAUGACGAAACAGGUUUAAUCACUUCCAUUACCAAUUCCGGCUCUCACUGCCACGUAAAAAGAAAGGGUAAUAUCAUCAACAGAUCUGCCCAGAAACAGCUCAUGUUGGCGAGUUUGUUAUGUGUAAUUUUCAUGAUCGGAGAGGGAGUGGGUGGAGCCUUGGCCAGAAGUUUAGCUGUGGUGACGGAUGCUGCCCAUCUCCUCACCGACUUCGCCAGUUUCAUGAUCAGUUUAUUAGCCAUAUAUCUCGCGUCGCGCCCAGCCACCAAGAAGAUGAGUUUCGGCUGGUACAGAGCAGAGGUGAUGGGGGCGCUAGUAUCAGUGUUGAUGAUCUGGGUGGUAACCGGUAUUCUUGUAUAUAUGGCCGUUCUCCGUGUUAUCAACGAGGAUUAUGAAAUCGAUGCUAAAAUUAUGUUAAUCACUGCCGCAGUUGGAGUCAUGUUCAACAUUGUGAUGGGCUGUACCCUUCAUCAACACGGCCACACCCACGGCGGGGGACACGGUCACAGCCACGGCGGCCUAAGCACGACCAGUAGCGCCUCUGAUCUUGAAGCGGGAAACAACAGUGACGAAGCUGUAUCUGACAUUAGUGGAGACUCAAAAUGCAGCAAGGAUAGUCAGAAAAAAAGGAAGAAAGAACAAAAUAUCAAUGUGAAAGCAGCUUUUAUUCAUGUUAUAGGAGAUUUUGUUCAAAGUUUAGGGGUUCUCAUUGCGGCUUUCAUUAUAUAUUUUAAGCCUGAGUGGAAAAUAGCGGAUCCAAUCUGUACAUUUCUUUUCUCUGUUUUGGUGCUGAUCACAACAAUCAAUAUUCUGAGGGACACGCUCCACGUCUUAAUGGAAGGUGCCCCACAAGGUCUGGACUUCAAUGAAGUGAAGCAGUCAUUCUUCGAAAUCAAGGGAGUUAAGGAGGUUCACAACCUGAGGAUGUGGUCGCUGACGAUAGACAAGGCAGCACUAUCAGUACAUUUGGCAAUCGAUAAGAAACACAAUUCACAGGAAGUCCUCAAGCAGGCGUCGCGGAUGGUGCGGCAGCGUUUUAACAUUCAUGACGUCACGCUCCAAGUCGAGGAAUAUUGCGACACGAUGGAGGCCUGCGACGACUGCAAAGACCCGACCGACUGAGAAAAAAAUCGCAAGCGAUUUAUCAGACUUGUUUUCUCUUAUUUAUGUGAUAUUAUGGACUUAAAUAUCGUGCUGCGGCAAGAUGUUGUCAGCACAUGUUGUCGGUGAAUUGUGAGGCGGGAGAUUCCUGCCUGAAACGAGGUUGUUGACAGAAUGAUCAUGGGAUGCAGGUUUACAUUCAAGGAAGGACAAAACAGUGCCAUGUGGGGUUUGUGCAAGGGUGGUAUGGACUCAUAGGCCACAGCGUUGGUGCCAUGUGGGGUUUGUGGAAGGGUGGUAUGGACUCAUAGGCCACAGCGUUGGUGCCAUGUGGGGUUUGUGCAAGGGUGGUAUGGACUCAUAGGCCACAGCGUUGGUGCCAUGUGGGGUUUGUGCAAGGGUGGUAUGGACUCAUAGGCCACAGCGUUGGUGCCAUGUGGGGUUUGUGCAAGGGUGGUAUGGACUCAGGCCACAGCGUUGGUGCCAUGUGGGGUUUGUGCAAGGGUGGUAUGGACUCAUAGGCCACAGCGUUGGUGCCAUGUGGGGUUUGUGCAAGGGUGGUAUGGACUCAUAGGCCACAGCGUUGGUGCCAUGUGGGGUUUGUGCAAGGGUGG